AUGGAGGAUUCUCGAUGUGGUUCAGGACUUUCGAUUACUGUAUAUUGGAACGUACGCGUCAUUGAAGGGAAAGACUUAUAUUGGUUUGCUUCGGAUAGUAAAGAUGAACAACUCGACAUGCUCUUAGUCAGUUUUGAUUAUACAACGGAGAGGUUUGGACGUUUGAGUCUACCUUGUAACUGUCCUUUAGAUUGUUUUCGAAAUGCGGCUAUAUCAGUUGUUAGCGAAGAGAAGCUUGCAGUGUUACUACUACGCAAAAAUACAUGGGAGAAAGAGAUAUGGAUAAGUAAUAAGAUUGAUGGGACUAAAGAGGUGUCGUGGAGAAAGUUCGUAACAGUGGAUUACCCCAAAGAUGAUGUUUGGAUUAGUAUAACUCGUUUUUUGCUCAACGAGGAGAAGAAAGUCGCCCUAUGUUGUGAGACAUGUGUAUCCGACCGCUUUACUACGAUGAUGAAAAAGUUAAUAUACAUUGCUGGGGAGGAUCAUAAAGUCAAAAUAAUGGCUUCUGGAGAAGUUACAUCCGGAUCAUUUUGGCCAAUUGUUCUUGAUUUUGUUCCAAGUUUGGUUCAAAUCCCUGCAAGUGGUUGCAACAGAAAAAAUAGAGGUGACUAG